AUGUCCCCAACUCAAAUAAUUGAUGAAUCCGUUCCUGCUAACCUUGAACCACGCUUUGUUGCAAUAAAAAAAAGAUUGAUCAAACCAGAAAACAUUGACAAAGUUACACAAAGCUGGAAGCAGAUCUUAGUUGAAUUAGAUAAAGAACUCACAAGAAUUGCUGAGGCUGGUCCUUCGUAUGUUCCUAAAUGCGACUUCUCGGAAAUCAAAGAUACUAAUAAACUUCCACCUAAAAUCUCUGCAUUGUUUAAACAAAGAGGUGUGAUUAUGGUUGAUAAUGUUAUUGAUACCCCACAAAUUGACCUCUGGUUUAAUGAAUUAGUUGAAUUCUGUAAAGACAAUCCAGAAACUGCGGGAUAUACUUUCCCAAAUCCAACUGCAUGGUAUAACAUUUUUUGGACCAAACCCCAAACUGAAGCUAGAUUUCACCCAAAUAUGAAGAAAUUAUUCAAGACCAUGGCUAAUGAAUUUCAUGUCGAUGAUGAAUCCACAUUGCUUGAUUUAGACACUCAGAUAGUCUAUGGUGAUAGAAUUAGAAUUAGGGAACCUGGGUCAACUGCUACUUUGCCAUUACAUUUAGAUUCUAGUUCUAUUGAAAGAUGGGAAGAUAUCAUGUAUUCCAAAGUUUAUGAACCUAUCUUUAAUGGGGAAUGGGAAGAUUGGGAUCCGUUUAAAUUAGACGAAAGAACUACUGCUUCUGAAAACCUUUAUGAACAUAUCGAAGAAGGCAAAUCAACCAUUUGUAGUGCCUUCCGUACUUUGCAAGGGUGGUUGGCACUUUCAAAUAACAAAUCUGGUGAAGGUACUUUAAGAGUAUUACCAAAUAUUAAAUUAACAAUGGCAUAUAUCAUGUUGCGUCCAUUCUUUUGGCAGGAUCCCAAGUCUGGUAAUUUGGAUGAUUAUGAAAUUGAUCUAGACACUCCUAAAUUCCCAGGAACUGUUCCUGGACAAGGUCAAUUAUUUUUGGAUAAGUUUUAUCAUCAUCUACAUAAAGGGGUUAUUUCAAUUCCUGAUGUCAAAAAGGGGUCAUUUGUAUUUUGGCAUGCUGAUGUUGCUCAUGAAGUUGAUCAUGAGCAUAAUGGUGAUUCUGUUUCUUCUGUUUUAUACUAUGGUCAAACACCAUUGACUGAAGGGAAUAUCAAGACCUUGUUGGAUACAAGACAUGCAUUUUUGAAUAAUAUUUCUCCAGAAGAUUAUCGAUCGCAACUAAGUGAGGAAGACAAGAAAAAGGAAUAUCAAGGUGCCGAUUUUGCUCAUUUUGGUGAGGAUAUGGAUUCCAAGAGAUCUAUGGGCCUUGUGCCAUUUGAGAUCUCCGAGGACUUAACUGAAGGUCAAAAGAGAGUUAGGCAACUUGCAAAUGAAGCGAUCUCUAAACAAGCAUAA